CAGAUGUCUCCUGUCAUUGGAUAUAAAGUCGCCCAUUGAUUUCCAACUACAAACAGAUAGCCAUUCACAGUUAUUCAGAACAUUGGAGAUGUUAUUUAUAAGUUUUGACUGCGCUGCCAUACAACAUGUUCGAUUGACAUUUGUGAAGCUCAAACAUCUCUCGUUGAAAAUCACAUCAAAUGGAGAAAGCGAUGCUGAUAUUAAUGAGGCAGUGAAUCUUUUCAUGCAAGCAAAUUUUGUGAAUGGAAUUAACAUAUUAUUGACGACCCUUGUUCUUUACCAGGAUUCAUCAUUCGACUUAAUGCUGAUAACGAUGUUUGACUUUCCGACUCUAACCUACAUGCGGCUUGAGAUAAGCGACCCAUAUAACAGAGGAAGAGAUGAGGAAUUUUGCAGAAAGUUCUAUAACCAAAUUCGCACGCAGGUUGAGUAUUUGCAGACGUUAACUUUUGUGUUCAAAUGCAGUCAGAGACGUCUUGGAUUUCAAUUUAAUUAA